CCUCUUUCCUUCCUUGCCUCGCUCUCCACACCCAGCUCUCCAGGGGAGGCCGUGCCAGGUUGAGAGUUCACCACUCUGCUCAGAACCAUGCAAUCCCAGGCUCUGCUGCCCAUCCUGCUUCUCUGUGUUCUGCUGCUGCAGAUCCAGGGAGGGCCCCAUAUCAAGAAGAAGCCGACCAUGCAGCUGUCCCCAGAAAUCAAUCCGUGUGAGAAGAGACCCAAAGUAUACCUGUGCAGGCACCCCUGCACACAUCAUCAAGAGUGUCAAGCAAAUAAUAUAUGCUGUUCGACCUUCUGCGGGAACGUGUGCAUGAGCCUCCUGUGAGUCAGAGAGCAGACUGGGCUGGCACACUGCUCCCCCAGCCCUCUCUACCCAGAGACCAUGCCUCCAGCUGAAGACAAGGACCUCACACCCGGGAUCAAGGAUGUCAACGGGAAGGCCAGGCUCCCCACUGUGUGAACAGCUUAGUCCUGUCAAAUAAACCAGAACAAAUGCCCAGGGA